AUGGCUCGCCGUUUCCUAGCCACUUGCACGACUCUGCUGCUAUCCCUCGGCGCCGUCGCCGAUAAUUGGCCCUUCCUCACCCUGGCCACCGCCCCGUUCGUUCCUCCGCAAUUGCAUGUCACAAAAAGCGGCGAGACCGAUCCCGGUUAUAUCUUCAUCGGUCCUCGCGGGAACCAGGAUCAGGGUACCGCCGCUCUGAUCUACAGCGAUGACGGCCAUCUGGUCUACCAGGGCCCCACCGAGGUCGCCGCCAACUUUAAGGUGCAGAAGCUGUUCAAUGAGGAUGUGAUCACCUUUUGGGCCGGAAAUAUGAUGAAGCUGGGUUUCGGAUACGGAACAGUUCACAUUCUCGACAACACCUACCGGGAAAUCUACACCGUCACGCUGCAGGACAAUUUCAUCUCCCCCGAAGGCCAACACGAGGAUUCCUACAUCGAUCUUCACGAGAGUCACAUCACGGAUCGCAACACCUUGCUGGUGACGGCCUACAAUGUGACGCAACACGACCUGACCUCGAUUGGCGGCAAGCCGGACGACUACAUGCUUGAUGGGAUGUUCUUCGAGAUUGAUAUCGCGACUAACGAGAUCGUGUACUCGUGGAGCGCCCUCAAUCACCUUGACGAAAUUCCUCUGGAAAAGUCCAAGCAGGGUCUAGGAGACGAUUUCGGAACGCAUGAGAAGCCUUGGGAUGCAUACCACAUCAAUUCGGUUAAUCUAUUGGAUGACGGCUAUAUCAUCUCUCUGCGUCAUUACUGGUCGGGCAUCCAUGUUCGCAACGACGGCUCGAUCGCGUGGCAACUGAGUGGAGAGAAAGGUGCCGGCGACUUUGAGAUCGAUGACAACGCUCUCUUUUCGUGGCAGCACGACAUUCGGAUCUACAACCAAACACAAGAAGGAAUGGUUCUCAAUCUGUUCAACAAUGCCAACACUCCCACCGAUGAAGUUGCGCCAACGACGGGUUUGAGUCUGAAUGUUGACCUGGUCAACCGCAAGGUCAGCGCCUUGCGCGUUCUGAGCGACGAAGGUGAUGUCAUUCACAGUGUCAGUCAAGGCAGCUACCAGCUCAUGAGCGAAGAGACAAACCACGUUUUACUGGGCUACGGAUCGAUCGCCAAGGUGAAGGAGUUUGACGCCGACAACAAGCAGGUCCUCAGUGCACAGUUCGGAGACGACAACGCCGUGGCAUCGUACCGUGGUUACAAAUGCCAAUGGAAGGCGACCCCGUUCUGGAAACCUGCCUUGGUGGCUCAACGGGCUCCAGAUGACCUGACCCGGGUAUGGAUGAGCUGGAACGGCGCCACGGAGUACGACAACUGGGCGAUUUACUCGGCACCAUCCGUGGACUCUGAAGACACCACGUUCCUCAAGACUGUUGAACGAGCCGGCUUUGAGACCAGAGUCGAUUUUACCGGUUUGAAAUCUUCGUUCCUUCAGGUGGUUGCACGCAAGGGCGACAUCCCGCUUAGUACCUCCGAAAUUGUGAACUUUUAA